AUGCCGCCAAAGGGCUGGAAAAAGGAUGCUCAAGGGAACUACCCAACAACAUCUUAUAUCAAGGAACAAGAGAAAUUAACCGUGGACGACCUACUGUUCCCUAAGUCCAUUAUCACCGCUCUAGCAAAAGAUUCAAUCCAACAAAUAGAUACCGACAGCAAGAUUUUGAUUUCGAAAGAUGCCUCAUUGGCACUACAGCGGUCGUCCACAGUUUUUGUAAAUCAUGUUCUAAUGGCUGCUCGCGAAAUUGCGCAGAAUAAUGAUCGCAAGUCUUGCAAUGAGGAAGAUGUUUUGAACGCUCUAGACCAAAUUGGCAUGGUAGGUUUUAAAUCCAUUGUCAGGGUGAAAGUAGUUGAAUAUGAGAAGUGUUUGCAACAGAGGAAAGCUGAAAAGGCUGCAGCUGCAGCUCGAGCUGGGUCUAAGAAAGAUGAUCAACUAUUGGAGGAUAACAGUGAGCCCCCAGAGCAAGAACAUGAGCAGGAUGAUAGUGUGACGUCCGACUUAGAAGGAGCCUCCACAAAAAGAGUCAAGAUUAGUGAAGAAUGA